GGAUCACGAUUUCAUGUCAUCACACUCUCAGGUAAUAAAUCCCACACACAAACUUCCUCUAUGUGUCGAGGGGUUUUUCGACCUUCUGCUUCUGGGCUGCAUAUAAACAAGUUCUGCAGACGACCUGAACUCACACUCAGCGCCGGCGUCUCACCUCUCAACAAGUCAGAGCUCAGUGUGUGUUCUUUGGAUCCCGUCCAGCUGUCAAGAUGCUCUCGCUGCUCCUCGUGCUCCUGUGCGCCUCGCUGUGCAGCGCCUCCUCUGACAGCAGCCAGCACCAGAUAGAGACCCUGAUGGAUAACGUUCUGGUCCUGAGGUUGCCUAACGAAGAAGGCAGCAUGGUGUUCGUCCCUCUGACCUGCGGAGAAGCUUAUCAGAACCAGCCUGUGACCUGGAAGAAGAACGGUGUGGAGGUUCCAGCUCUGCAGGGGAAUCAGGUGAAGGUCCCGGUGGAGGAGAUGAAUGGGGGAAACUACACCUGUCACCUCGGCCCAGACGGAGAAUACCUCAACCACACUGUGAUCAUGAUCCAGGUGGAGAACAGGACUGUCAUACUGAAAGAAAAAUCCCCUCAGGAAGGUCACAUCCGCUGCUCAGCACCCAACUAUUCAGGCUCCUUCCAGUGCAGCUGGACCAAAGCUCAGUACCGAUCCGACGCCGCCGUGCUCCUGGUGAAGGCAGAACGUCAUUUGGAGAACAUUCCCUGUGUGGUGGCUGCUGACGGGUCCAGCAUUCAGUGCCAGGACGCCAGCUGCCCGUUCAAAGAGGAGCAGCACCGCAUCGCCCUCAGCAUCUACAUCUACAGCUACUCUCGCCUGGAGGAAUAUACAGAGACCUUCUACCUGAGAGACAUCGUGAGGCCAGAAAACCUCCAGAACCUGCAGAUCACUGAUGGGAAGGAGUUCAGCUGGAGCUACCCCGACUCCUGGGAGAAGCCCUGCAGUUUCUUCAGCCUGCAGUUUCAGGUCAAGGUGGUCCACAACGACGACACGUGUCACAGCGACAGGCACAUACGGCUCCACGACACUGACGACAACAAGUUUGAGAUCGACUUCAAAACCAAGAGGUACAUCAUCUGCGUGCGAGCUCAGGACAAGCACACCAGAGGGCCGUUCGGACCCUGGAGCUACUGCUCAGUGAACAGAAACACCGUGAACUGCUCCUUCCUCAAACUGCAGCCAUGAAGGAAGGAAGAACACAAAGAUGGAAGAAAAAUAUUUUUAUAUUUUCCUGUACAGUAUUUAUUGAUGAUCUUUAAAACAUCUGUUUCAAAUCUGUUCCCAACUCCCUCAAAUCCUUUGUAACUCUGAUUUUUCUCAAUAAAUUUAAUAAAUGGUUUAUUUACUGCAGCUUUUGGCAUUUUGGUUCAUUAUGAUGAAAUGCUUCAACACUGUA